AUGGGCCGGCUGAAGCCCUCCGUCGUCCUCCAACCGCAAGCUUUCCGUAAAGACCUCCGCGCAAAGCAGGCCAAAGCGGUAAUUAACAAAUCCAUCCCCGCGCUUCUGGCGUCGGAUGCUCGAGCCCGGAAGGGUGUCGCCGGCGCGGAGCUGAUCGCGGAUCCUCCGCCGAACGAGCGACCUCUUGAGGAGGGUCAAUGCAUGGAUCGUCAACAAGAAAGCCCACCUUUUGAAGUUAGCAUUCAUGCAGAGGAUACAAUUACCGCAGCCCUCCGUCUAUAUGCGGGAACCCCGUCAUCGGGUACUGGCCGGGUGGGAAUCUUGAACAUGGCGUCUCCGCUUCGACCAGGCGGGGGUGUCCUCAAUGGUGCUACUUCACAGGAGGAGUUUCUCUGCGUGCGUACCACGUUAUAUCCUUCGUUGCAAGAAUCCUUCUAUCGGCUUCCGGAAAUCGGGGGCGUGUGGACUCCAGACGUGCUCAUAUUUCGAGACGGAGGACCCGAGGGUAAUAACCUGGCGAAAGGUGAUAGGGUGUAUGUAGGGGUCGUGAGUGCUGCUAUGCUCAGGUUUCCGGAGCUUGAGGAAGGGGGUAGGGCCUAUUCGAAUUCGGGAGAAACGGAAAUGGUGGAGAAGAAGAUGCGCGCCGUUAUGAGGGUAUUCCAAGCUCGGAAUUUGGAGAGCGUAGUCCUGGGGGCUUGGGGCUGCGGCGCAUAUGGCAACCCCGUGGAGGAGAUUGCGAAAGCCUGGAGAAAGGUCUUACGACCGGACAAAGACGCAAAGGAGAAGCGGAUCACGGAGAGACCUAAAGAGAGUUGGAGUGGAAUCCGGAGGGUGGUCUUUGCGAUCAAUGAUAUAAACACGGCCCGCGAAUUUGCAAAACAUUUUGGUGAAGAACUUAUCGUGGAGAACGUCGCUCCUGAGGAUGUGGAUCAACGGACACUCGACCAAAACGAUCGUGCCAUCGAAGAGUUGAAGAGUAGAAUCGCUGGGUUGGAGGCUCAAAUUCCAGAAGCCAGAACGGAGUUACUCAAACAUCGGUUACAGGAAAUCUUGACUGGUUUGAAGCUUCAAGUAGCGGGUCGGAUGGCAGCCUCUGAGCACAGUGGGCACUCAGGCGCAGCGCACACCGUCGAAGCCGGUAGCAGCGAAUAUUGA